CUCAUAUGCUGAAAGCUAUGGCCAUUUUAUUUAAAGAUAUAUCAGCUACGUCCGAGUCUGGCAGUCUUUCAUUUAUAAUUAUUUCCAAUACACACAAGACAGCCCGUCGUGUUUAACAGUUGUAUUCCACUUGUGUAUAAAGAACACUCAAGGGAGACAACAAAUGUAGCCUUUAUGAACAAGUGGUCUUUACGUACAAGUUUCUAUGAUACAUUUUUUAAAUAAAAAAUACAGUUCAAGGGAAACAAAAAUUGUGAUCUUUCUGGACAGUUGGUCUCUCUGUACAGGUGGUCACUAAAGCAGGUUUGACUGCACAUAGGCUGAUGUAGAGACGUUUCCUAUUAUUGAUCGAUACCCUUUUGGAGCUUAGACACGUCUCAAGAAAUUCUUUGAAAGUUUCAAUGAUAUUAUUAUUCUUGACUCUUUCACUAUUUUAGUAGAAAAUUAUGCACUUUUCAAGAUAUGAUUAUAACAAACAAGAGACAUUUAAUGAUACAGCGUCACUACUGUGUACAUUAUACACCUUUGUUCACUGUUGUCUGGCUUGAUUGAGCGUGCCGUGUGUUAUUGUGUUUUCAAGUUAUCUCAUUUGCGUUGACGAUUAAGUAGAUUUUUCCACGCAAUCAACUGCAAAUAAUUGAUGAAAGCCCAUCAUCUAAGUUUGUCUUUUCAUGUGCAUACAAGCAUGUACAUUUUAAUGAGUUUUAUACAGGCUGGCAUAUUGGGUAUUGGCGUUGCCUCGUUAUCAUCGAGGGAGUUCCGUAAACUGCAUAUUUUCAAUCCGGGGGAAAUGUGGCGUUUCCCCCUUUACAUGAAGAAUGGCUUUUCCUUCGCGACUGACCCUAAGUGGCAUCCCCUUCCGAUACCUACUCAACUUCUUCUCGGCGAUUCAGUCCUUAGCCGUUAUCCUGGACAAUUCUGAUGAGAGUGUUGGCAGAGAGGUUCUACGUGCACUAGGCUUAAGAGAGAUUCAGAGAAACUAUCUGUAUGACAGAUAUCGACGACCAAUCUAUGAAGCGUUGAUAUGGCGUCGCAACUGGAAGGGAACUGUUCAAGAUUUUUACAGGGUUCUGAGUUCGACUAAUCAGACGGAGGCUUUACAGACGUUGUUCACCUUUCUCCGUGAGAACCUGAAUGACCGUCGGCAUGUACCAGAAAGAGCAACAAAGACGAACUGGGCAAUCUUACUGAAUUCAACGCAGUAUAGGAUCUCUCCCGAGAUUUCUUGGCCCCGAGUUUUCGUGAAAACAUACUUCUUUCCUAUCUGUAACCGCGUGCAGGAGAUUGUCUACAUGGUGUUCCCAUUCAGCACGGCUUAUGCGUCUGACAUGUACCGGUCUAUAAGCAACCUGCUGAACAACAUGAAUAUCGGCAUUUUGUUCCUGACCGUAGUACAGAACGCAAUAACCAUCUGCCGGGAGGGACGUCUCCAAAACUCGGUAACCAUCUUCAUCUCUGUCUCUCUCUGGAUCAAGCUUUACCUCAUGAAGGAACCUUUCAAUCAACUAAGAGAAAUGGUACCAUCGGGAAACGAUGAGCAAAAACUCCGAAGGGCCGACUUUCUCUACAAGGAGAUACGAAUCGCAUUGCUCUUUGUGUUCUUCUUCAAGCUGGCUCUUGUUAUGUUCGGUUGUGCCUUGUUCUACGCCUUCCCAGAUUUCCUCCUUGAAGAUCUUCAAAGCAAGAUGACUCAGUUCGCCUUGUUUUUGUUCGUCUUUGAGUUGGCCCAUAAUGCAUUCUAUUUGUUUACAUUCUAUAGGGACUCUAAUAUUUUCCGUAUCAUAAAUGAUUUGUUUCCUAUGUAGGAAAUAUUUGAAGUCGCACAUUCAUGGCUGAAAUACAGUGUGUAAAAGUAUGCAAAUUUAUGUGUUUUCCUUAGCGAGUCUCCGAAUAUGUUAUAUUUCUGUGUAUGUCAUGACAAAUAAUUGUUUCGUAGGUUCGGAAUAGCCGCAAUUGAGGUAUGUCUUGUUGUUGUGGAAACAAAGCAUACAGAUGUAUAUAUUUGUAUAUAUAAAUAGAAAAUUAGAACUCAUGUCUUUCAAUAAAUCCAAUUUUAAGCAACUUUAAACUCCAUAUGAAACUCAUAUCCAGAUUUUGCUGGCAUUAUAUUUUAAGAAAACAAAUAUGCAACAUUUUAUUUUAA